CGGCACUGACGGCGACGCCGAUGAUUUUGAUGAAGAUUUUUACGAUGGGUUCGGGGAGGCAGAGCCACUGUGGCGACGAGGCAAGAAGCCUGGGGUUCAGGAUGCGACGGACUUGGUUAAUUACUACCUGGAUCACUCCCUCCUUCCGCAGUACUUUCCGCGUCACUUGACACUCACUUUCUUCUCCCGUGGUCGAUUUAACCGACUCUUCCUGAUCGACUUCGAAUCAGCAAACAAGGACGCCGAGCAGGAAUCCGAGGGUGGUAGCCGCAUGAAGCAGGAGCCUCUGCCUAGCCAGCUUCUUCUGCGGAUCGCCAUGCCGUGGGAUCCAUACUACAAAGUCGAGAGUGAGGUAGCGACCAUGAUGCUGGUGGAUAGGCUGGGCAUCCCCACUCCACGUGUCUUCUUCUUCGACUCCAGCGCCAGGAACCCCCUUGGCCUAGAGUGCAUCUUUAUGGAGCGUGUGGGUGGUGUCAGAAUCUACGAACUGUGGGCAUACAACAGGCGAGGGUACGACGCAAGCUACAUCUCAGUCGCAUCUCAGGUCAAAGAUUAUCUCUCUCGCCUGUGGGAGCACUCAUUCGACCUCAUUGGCAAUGUCUACUACGACUGGGAUGGAACACGCGACUUCUUCAUUGGGCCAAUCGUCUGCGUCGAAAUCCUGAAGACGACAGCGAGCUGGAUAGGGUGGAGCCCCUCUUGCGGCCGCCCUCAGAGGCGGGCAAUCUAGUUCGCGCGACCAUUGCGUACCUUGCAGAGACCCUGGGGCAGUGGAGUGAUUUGGACAGGGAGAACGCUGUAAAUGCGGUUAGGUGGCUGGAGGACUGGGAAUUUGGCCUGGCACACUAGCGAUGGAGGAUGAGCGGUGUCUGAUCAUCAAAGUACGGGUUACACAACUUCGCGUAAACCUUCUACAUCCAAGAAUGCUAAGCCAUGCGAUCGGCCGUUGAUGGUCUAAAGUUGGCGGCAAGGCUUGCUAGCGGAACCAAGUUUAGGCAAGGGAUGAGAUGGGCUUGGAUUCUUGAUGAAAACUCCAAAACCCACCACAGCCUCUUUUAGACUUGGGUUUGGCUUGCCCUGAUCACUCUUGGCGUAUACCAGGACAUCUAAUAGCUUAAUUAAAC